CGGGGUGGCAGAGGAUGGGGAUCGCCGAGCGCUGAGCUGCCUUCAGAGCGUCUGCCACGGCCUGGCACGGCGAGCGGCAGCCGACGGGAGGAGAGGCCGAGCCGGGCCGCGGGCCUGCGCGGCUCCACGUGGGGCGGCGCGGGGGAUUCAAACGGCGGGAAAGGGCUGCGGGGAUCCGCCGGGGUGGAGAGAUCGGGGCACCGACAACUCGUCCCGGGACAAUGAGCCUGACACACGGGAGUCCUGCGGCCGGGACACGGAACGGCUUGGUCCGGGGCGGGCACCAUGCCAAGGAAGCGUGCAGUGAAGAGCCCGGCGCCGGAGGAAGAUCCUCUAGGGACUAAGAAGAUUAAAGUCUGCCACCCCUCGCACCGCACGCAGCCCGGGCUGGUGCUGACGCUGGGGCAGGGCGAUGUCGGCCAGCUGGGCCUGGGCGAGGACGUGAUGGAGAGGAAGAAGCCAGCCCUGGUGUCGCUGCCGGAGCCGACGGUGCAGGCGGAGGCUGGGGGGAUGCACACCGUGUGCCUGAGCCAGAGCGGCAAGGUCUACACUUUUGGCUGCAAUGAUGAAGGUGCCCUGGGCCGAGACACCUCUGCAGAAGGGUCAGAGAUGCGCCCGGGGCUGGUGGAGCUGCAGGAGAAGGUGGUGCAGGUGUCGGCAGGGGACAGCCACACGGCAGCGCUGACCGAGGACGGCAGAGUCUUUGUCUGGGGCUCCUUCAGGGACAACAAUGGAGUCAUUGGGCUGCUGGAGCCCAUGCAGACCAGCUCCGUGCCUGUGCCGCUGCAGCUCCCGGUGCCGGUCGUUAAGGUUGCCUCAGGCAAUGAUCACUUGGUGAUGCUGACGGUGGACGGUGACCUCUUCACGUGCGGCUGCGGCGAGCAGGGCCAGCUGGGCAGGGUGCCAGAGGUGUUUGCCAACCGAGGGGGAAGGAAAGGGCUGCAGCGCCUGCUGCAGCCGCAGCAAGUGCCGGUGCGGGGCAGGGGCGGCCGGGGCCGGAUGCGCUUCCAGGAUGCCUUCUGCGGAGCCUACUUCACCUUCGCCAUCUCGCGCCAGGGGCAGGUCUAUGGCUUCGGCCUCUCCAACUACCACCAGCUGGGCACCCAGGGCACCGAGCCCUGCUUCUCCCCACAGAACCUGACCUGCUUCAAGAACUCCACCAAGUCCUGGGUGGCCUUCUCUGGUGGGCAGCACCACACAGUCUGUGUUGACUCUGAGGGCAGGGCCUACAGCCUGGGCAGGGCUGAGUACGGGCGGCUGGGGCUGGGCGCGGGGGCGCAGGAGCGCAGCAGCCCCACGGCCAUCGCGGAGCUGCCCAGCGUUGCCUCCGUGGCCUGCGGCGCGUCGGUUGGCUACGCCGUCAGCACCGAUGGACGAGCCUUUGCCUGGGGCAUGGGCACCAACUACCAGCUGGGCACAGGGGAGGAGGAGGACGUCUGGAGCCCAGUGGAGAUGACAGGGAAGCAGCUGGAGAACCGCUGGGUGCUGGCAGUGUCGAGCGGCGGGCAGCACACGGUGCUGUUGGUCAGGGACAGGCAGCAGAGCUAAUGGAGCAGCCCAGCCCCACGGGGCGGCAGGACCUGUGCCCACCCCCGUCCUCCACCCGCACCAGGACGCCGCUGCCCAGCUCUGCUCUGCCACCAGCAGUGGCAGGAUGGGCAGGAGGCUCCUGGAGCUGGGCCUGGCAGUGUCUGUGGCUGGAGCAGGGCUCCUCAGGGAUGUCCUCCCUGUGUCCAUCUUCCCACGGUGCUCUGUUGGCUGCCCCAGGUUGGCACAACCCUAAACUGAUCUCCGUGCUGGGGCUGGAAGGGUUUUCCCUCUCUUCGUGGUUGGUUUUAAUCCUUCAUGGCUGGGCAAAGCAGGGCAGCUUUGGUCUUUGCUGUGCAAAAGGGUUUGGGCCGAGAG